CCUUCACUCGUUGUCAGUUAUCAGUUCUAAUGCGUUAAUCAACCUUUUCAACAUCCCAAACGGUCAACAUCCACCACUCACCGCUUGCGAAACCCGCUGUCUUCUCCUACUGGUGCACCUGAUAGCUUGUUAUAGCUUCCUAGGUACUACGAGCAAGCAACUGCCAGCAGCAUUGGUGCAUUACACCGGUCUUUAGCUAGCCUUAGGUACUUAUAGGAGCUUGCCUCCAGGUAGCUUGCAUAGUGUCCAUCUUCACCAACACCACCACCACCAUACGUCUGUUCUACCUAGGUAACCCCCGUCUAAAUAACCUCCUACCUCUAAGGGCUAGAUAGUGCCCUCGGGCUAAUAGCCAAGAUGGGGGUAUCCGUGAUCGAAGAGCAACGCGACAUUAUCAUAAACACUGUUAAGAAUAUCACUGCCGGUGAUUGGAAAAUUCUAGUUGUCGACCAUGAUUCCAAGAGAAUUAUUGACAAUGUCGUCAAGGAAGAUGAUAUUCUCAAUCAUAACAUUGCGAACAUCGAAAGCAUCGAAGAUCGCAGGGAGAUGAACCCGACCAUGGACGCUAUUUAUAUCCUGUCGCCGCAACCGCAUAUUGUCGACUGUCUUAUGGCCGAUAUCGAACGUCGAAGGUAUCAGAGGACCUUCUUAGUAUGGACCACCGUGCUCGAUCCCCAGCUAAGGAGGCGGAUAGACGGCUCUGCUCUAGCAAAGCAGGCCAUUGCCGGCUUCGAGACUCUGUCCAUCGACUUCUUCCCCCGCGAAUCGCAUCUCGUCACGUUCAGAGAUCCCUGGAGUUUUCCGAUUUUAUACCACCCUUCCUGUAAUGGGCUGAUACGAAAACACAUGCAAGACUUAGCUCAGAAGAUUACUGGGUUGUGCGUGGCCCUCGGCGAAUAUCCCAAGGUUCGUUAUUACCGACCCCAGAAUCCAAUUCACGAGGCCAGCGUGCUAUCGUCCCACCUUGCCCGGUUUAUAUCUGAGGAGUUGGACGAAUAUGCGCAAUGGAAUCCCAAUUUCCCACCGCCGAGUUCUCGUCCGCAAGGAGUUCUUAUAGUGACCGAUAGGUCUAUGGAUCUUAUGGCUCCCUUGAUACACGAGUUUACGUAUCAAGCAAUGGCGCAUGACCUACUGCCAAUUAAGGACGGGGACAAGACGACAUUUCACAUGACCGUCAAUGAGGGAUCUCCAGAUGCUGAAGAGAAGGAUAUGGAGCUCACCGACAAGGAUAAAGUAUGGGUAGAAAAUCGACAUAGGCAUAUGAAGGAUACCAUCGAUAAAUUGAUGGGCGACUUCCAGAGGUUCUUGGACGAAAACCCGCACUUUACCAACGCAAACAGCGACACCACUAGCUUAAAUGCGAUCAAAGAUAUGAUGGCGGGACUGCCACAGUUCCAGGAAAUGAAAGAUGCCUAUUCUCUCCAUCUCACGAUGGCACAAGAGUGUAUGAACAUCUUUCAACAUCACAAACUGAACGAGAUGUCACCUAUAGAGCAAGAUAUGGCUACGGGCCUUGAUGAGGACAAUCGGAAACCCAAAAAUGUCCUGGAUACAGUUGUUCGCCUUCUGGAUGACGACGCGGUGACCCAGUCAGACCGCCUUCGUCUCAUUAUAAUAUAUCUCCUCUUUCGCGAUGGAGUAAUACCUGAGGAUGUCAAGAGACUGUUAGCGCACGCAUCGUUGCCGCCGCAAGACGGAGAGAUCAUAACAAAUAUGGAACUACUUGGUGGUCGUACGACACAUGGUCUCAAGGAUGUCCGUAAGGAUAUUCGACUCCUAUUUCCUAUCGACACCAAAACACCUGUCGCUGAGGAUAAUUAUAUGUCACGGUUUAACCCUGCUGUGAAGACUAUGCUGGAGUACUUAUGCAGAGGCGCCUUAGAUCAGACCGCGUUUCCCUAUAUCAAGCCACCGCUAGAUCCUAAUGAGGAUGCGCUCAUUGGUCAGGGUUCCUUGAGAGCGGCAAAACCUAGCUGGGCCGGCGCUGGGAGGCGUGUCGUAGAUAACAGGCAACGGAUCAUCGUAUUUAUGGCUGGCGGGGCGACAUUCUCUGAAUCACGCUCGUGCUAUGAGGUCGGCGCGGCUAUGAACCGUGAUGUCUUUUUAGCUACUAGCCAUAUGUUAACGCCGCAGCUAUUUGUACGGCAAGUAGGUGACCUAAGCGUGGAUAAGAGGAGACUUGAUAUACCAAUGGAGAGACCACCCCCAAGAGCGCCCGCACACCUAUUCGAACGCGAACGGCCUACUCCUCCACCAAUGGGAGCUCCGCCAGGACCGCCGGGGCAACGUCCCCCACCCGGAGGUGCUCAGAAAGUACCAGGACGACCACCCGGACCCGGCGGAUUGCCAGGAGGUCCGAGAUUAAACAGCGAACCUUCCACUUUACCUACGCAAGCGAUGAGUACCAUGUCACUUCACUCCUCCAGGCCGUCGAACGCGAGUGAUAUGACAUCGUCAAGCAGUGGGAAACCCCAUAAGCUAGAAAAGGAGAAGAAGAAACGCAACAUCUUCGGCAUGAAGAAGGGAUAGUUGAGUGGGCGAACCGGAUUCACGUCGAUUAAGAAAGGGGCGGUCCUCGUUCCGCAGAUAUACAAUGAGAGGCGCCCGCCAAAACAGAUAGAGAAUUGUGUGUGCCGUUUCUUGGUUCUUGGCUACGGCCCGAUCGCGCGCUUGGAGACAGACCAGAUCAAAUUAGAUUCCGGAUAAAGAGGGUUGGCGCGUGCAUAUUACCCAAGGUAAACUAGAGCAUGGCGUUGAGGAGUUGGCCUUCUUGUUGAUAGUCAUGUCGAGAGACCGAGCGUUGAGUUGAGAUGUGGUUGCGUAAUUCUGGAUGGAAAGGAGUAAGGGGGUUAGAUCACCUUCGAGACUGUUAUGAAUCGAGCGAGACCUAACUGACUACCCCUAGGUGCCCAGAGUAGUUAGGUAUAAACCCAUGCAUCUAACUCGAUAGCUAAUACUAGCCAACGAACCAAUAUGCCGCCUAUAAUGAAUGCUCUGGUCAUAUUUCAUAAUAUGUAAACACAUACCUACGUAUCCCGCAAACUGGCUAUCAUAAGUAAUGGCAUAUAAGAUCUAAAUAAUAUCGUAUGCGUUCUUGACUUGGUCUCCAUGAACCGUAUGAUAAUUAGAUACGAUGACUGCUACUACUAACUUCUAGAAAC